GGAAUCAGUGUGUCCAGUGUGCAGGCUUGCUACUGUCGAGCCCACAGAGGUUUGGCGCAACGUGGCCCAUCCUGCUCUGCUGAACCGGCACCGGGACCUGUCCUGGAUGGUUGCCCACGAGAUCCUCCCAGUCAGGGCCAUUAUGCACUCCCGGGGCAUCGUGUGGCCAAGAUGAGUUGGUGGGGCACUUGCUCUGGGAGUGCAGAGCCACCAGGGACCUGUGGAAGGAAGCAGGCCCCCUGAUCUCCCCGUGUCUGCCAGCAGGGGAGGACCUAACGCCCCAGCUCGUGCUGUAUGGGGUGGGCUGAAGGCCUAUUCCACCAAAGGCCUUCACCAAGCACUGGCCCACCCUCACGUGUCUGAAGGAUGCACUGUGGUCCUUCCGCAACCUGCUGGUAGCGAAACGAGUAGAGACCCCCCCCCAGGCAGGCUAUCUGGGGACCAUAUAUUAAAUAGAUUUUUGGAACAGGGAGAUGGAAUAGGGGCUUGCUCCGUCCACUCCACACAUCGACCUGGUAUUGCAGUACCUCCAGGAACGGUGCACCCCUUGUUGUUGUAAAUAUAAAUAAUGCGUUGUUUCGUUUUAAUAAAACAUUUAAAAUACUAAAAAACAGCCAAUCAACAAUGUUUAUGCAGAUUUCACCCUUGCAAAGUAUUCUGGGGGUGAUCUAUUAUAUCCCGCAAGUGAAAAGACUGUUUAAAAAAAAGUACACCAAAUUUCUCUACACUGUUUACUGUCUAACUUUUCACCAAACAUCUGUUAGAGUAAGUGAUUUAUCCACUCUAAUGUAUAGUCUUAAUUAACAUAACUAAAGCUAAAGCCCACUGCCACAAGAGAACACACCCAUACCUAAUUACCAACUCCCCAAAUCAGUCCCCCACAAACUGGAUGUUUACAGCCAUGAGUGAAACCACUUGCUUAUCUAAUUUAAUGAGCUAAUUUGGCUAUUUUCAGACUCAUAAAACCCAAGGUGUGACAUCCAGUUUGACUGAAGCCACUCUACAUCCACUAAUCUUUAGCCUUACACAGGAGGCUGGUCUCAUGGUAGUGGAUAGAGUGGAAUGGGAUCCAUGUGUUUGGUGCUGUUCCGUUUCCCCUUCGUUCCAGACAUUAUUAUGAGCCGUUCUCCCCUCAGCAGCCUCCAAUGUUUGAGUAUUUUUGUUUUUUUUGGUAACUGUGGUAUACAGUAAUUAUAGGGAGUAAAUGAAACAAGAUAUCACAAAUCUUUCAUGCUACACAAUGGUUCUGAAUAUUGUUGUGGAUUCUGCUUGGUAACAAUCUGUAGACUUUCACAAACACGCCUGGCUAUUUAAACCCCCAGCAGAGACGAGACAACUUUAUUACAGCAAGAUAAAAUCGUCAGAACUCACAUUAUCAGUCAUGAAGACCAUUCUUGUGUUACUAAUGCCCAUUUUGUUUGGGAAUGUUGCAGUGGAGGCACUGCGGUGUUAUGCCUGUGAUGAGACAAUCAGCAAUGCUCUGUGCAACCAGAACAUAGAGAACUGCUAUGUCUCAAAUGACACCUGCAUGACCGCCGUCACGCAAAUCUUGGGGAUCCAGUACAUUUAUAAGACCUGCACCAACAGCUUGACAUGUAGAACAGCCGCCUCCACCAACACCAUUCCAGGAGCCUUAUGGGGGAUCCAGGUCAGCUGCUGUCAGACUGACCUCUGUAACGUCAACGGUUCAUCAGUCUCUGGACUCAACUUCAUGUUGCUCAGCUUGUCUUUUCUCUUAUCCGGCCUGGUUUUGUCUCUGUGAAACUCUGUGAAGUUUUUGAAAUGAAUGAAUGAACAACUGAAAUCAAUAUGUGGGUUCAUCUUUGCUGGUUUGUUUUUGUUUGUUGUUGUUGCUCAUCCUCAGGAUCUAUGUCGGAUAGGAAAGUAAUACAACGUUUUCCUAUCUGUGCUGGUUACUGUGUCUCUGAAUCAAGUUUUCAAAAUGAAUGAAUAUGAACAACUGAAAUAAAUAUG